AUGGAAAAAUUAGUCAUUCGAAGUGUAGAUGUCAACCUGAAUAAACAACACUUCAGUUGGCGACGAGGAUUUUUCUGGAAGCUCACAAGUUCAAGAAAUUCCAGAAUCGAACCGAGGAAGGAUGGCGGCGACAAACGAAGACCUCCAAACAGCGAUUUUGCUGCUUCCCAGUGGUUGGCCGUUCCACAAGCAACGAACCCAGAGCAAGUUUUGGAAUCCCUGUCGACGAACAUCAGCGAGUUCUGCUUCGAUCCGGAGAACGGCACCACAUUCGAAAAAUGGUUGCCCGUUACGACGCAGCAAAAGUUAGGCUUCUGCUCCGGAAGUUGGACACGUCCUCUCACAGUCGCUACGUCAACUACAUCCUUCCGAAACGAACCAAAGGACGUCACGUUUGCCGAUACCGUAAAGACACUCACAAAAAUCUUCGGCAGACAGACCUCCGUAUUCCACAAACGCUACCAGUGCAUGCAGCUACUCAAGGCAUGUGAAGAGUUCGAGUUCCAGAAUUUGAAGAUUGAUCACUUCAAGUGCUUGAUUUUCGUCUGUGGUCUCAAAGCACCACGCUACGCAGACAUUCGAGCAAGGCUUCUAUCCCGGAUUGAAGGUAAAACGGCUGAUGCUCAAACUCUGAUCGACGAGUUCCAGCGGCUCGUCAACAUCAAGUCGGACACUACGAUGAUCGAACAUCCAUCAAGUUCGAAGAAUUCGGUCCAUAGCAUUUCGGAGAAGAAACCCGGAAACCAGCAUCGUCCACUGAAAACGGAAAGCAAGUUUACUCCUCGUACUCAAUGCUGGCAGUGUGGUCAGAUGCACUACGUCCGUGACUGUCCAUUUUCUGAUCAUCUCUGCAAGGUAUGUAACCGCAUCGGUCAUAAAGAAGGCUACUGUAGCUGCAUAAAGAAGUCUUCAAGCGACUCUUCAACUCAACCUCGAGAGAAGAAGCAGUUCCAGAAGAAGGCCGGUCCCAGAUCUCAAGCCAAGGGAAUUUUCGUGAAGCACAUCGCAAACAACAACCGGAAACGCAAGUAUGUGACCAUCAACAUCAACGGUGUCAUGACUUCGCUACAACUGGAUUCUGCAAGUGAUAUCACGGUGAUUUCCAAGAAAACUUGGCAGCAACUGAGACGACCAAAGCUAACUCCAUCAUCGAUCGAAGCCUCCAACGCAUCUGGUGGACCACUCGCUCUCAUCGGAGAAUUCCAUUGUGAAGCAGUCCUCAAUGACAUGGUCAAGCGUGGUCAGUGUUUCGUAACGUCAUCACCAGAUCUCGACGUAAAGGGUAUUGAUUGGAUCGACAUGUUCAACCUGUGGUCGGUUCCGUUCGAUACUCUCUGCAAUCAAGUUUCUGCUGUAUCCAGACCAUAUUUCACCGAAGCUAGAGUACAGCUGCAAGCCGAGUAUCCGGCGGUUUUCGACGACUCGCUGGGCCACUGCAAGAAAACCAAGGUAAAGUUAUUCCUCAAACCUAACGCCAAACCAGUUUUCUGUUCGAAGCGACCAGCUCCGUUCAACACGAUUCCGCUGGUGGAUGCAGAAUUAACACGUCUUUAG